AUGGCUCCAACAAAGGGUUCAUGGCUAAGUGACAAGACGGAUAGAUGGAUUCAAUUUUCAGACAUAGAUGGUCUCAUGGUAAAUGGAGGUGGUCAAUUCGACGGUCAAGGUUCUUCCUGGUGGAGAGAUUGUCAAGGAAAUUGUCCAACGGCAUUGUUUUUCCAAAAUUGCAAUGGGCUCCAACUAAGGGAAAUGAAGCAUGUCAAUAGUGCCAAAAAUCAUAUCUCCAUAAAUUCUUGUAACAAUGCCAUUAUCUCAGACCUUCACAUUAUUGCUCCUAAAAAUAGUCCAAACACAGAUGGAAUUGACAUUACUGGAUCCAACAAUGUUCUUAUUCAAAAUUCUUUCAUUGAAACUGGUUAUGAUUGUAUUGCCCUUAACAAUGGAUCUACCAAUAUCGAUAUCGUAGACGUGACCUGUGGGCUCGGCCAUGGCAUAAGCAUUGGAAGUUUAAGAGAAAAUGGAGAAUUCAACCUAAUUGAAAACAUACAUGUAAGAAAUUGCCUCUUCAAGGACACUCUAUAUGGAAUGACAAUCAAGACUUGGCAGGGCGGAUAUGGAUACGUAAGAGACAUUACAUUUGAACAAAUAACGCUUGUGGGUGUGAACAUCCCGAUCAUUAUCGAUCGAUAUUACACUAAUCUGGCAAGUAUGAGGAAAAAUAAGUUAAUUGGUAUCAAAGUGAGUGACGUGACGUUUCGUGAAGUUCAUGGAACGUCGGCAAAUGAGACUGUAAUCAUUCUGAACUGCUCUCGAAGUCGUUGCAGCAAUAUUACUAUGGAAAAUGUGAGCAUGUGUACAACAAUUCCAGGAAAAGAAGCCGAAGCUUUUUGUGAAAAUGUUGAUGGGAGGUUUACUAAUGUAGUCCCGACCGUGUCUUGUUUAUCAAACUAG